CACCGAAUUUUAUGACGGAAAGAAAGGGGGCCCCUAAGAUCUCACCUGGACGCAAGACCAACGGGGCGAAUUAACCACGUGACCGCGCAUCAGCCUCGCGCCGAGCGGACGCGUUAAUUCCCAGACCGACGCGUGCGCCCUUGGAAUGACACGGCGACAGCCACGGCCGACAUAUAAUUGAUUCCCACCCCUCAAACCCGCCUUGCUGUGGCAUUGCUGCAAUUACAUCUACGUUUACAGUUUAUUUUGCAGGAGAAACAGAGCGAGUCUGGAGACAAACAUCCCAACACAGCACACACACUGGACAGGAGGAAGACUCUCAACUACCUACGUACCAGCCUACAGAGCCAAUAGAGCCACACGUCGUGACAAAGCAUGGAAAGCAGACUGAAAAUGUCAGGCGGAAUGAGGCGCAAGCCCACGGCCCACCGUCUGACCCCCACUGCAAUCAAACCCGGCCCAGACAGCGCUGGCAGUUCCGGGCUGACGGGAUACCGCCACCACCGCCAAGAAGAAGAAGAACAAGACGUGGCCGCGCUCGAGGCGCUCAUCGCCGGCUAUCAACAUGGCACUGUCUUCGACAAGGCGGUGUGGCGGCUGCUGCUGCAGAUUCCGCGCGGGUGCGUGACGACGUACGGGAUCCUGGCGGCGCAGCUGGGGUCGUCGCCGCGGGCCGUCGGCAAUGCCCUGCGCCGCAACCCCUAUGCUCCGCGCGUGCCGUGCCACCGCGUCAUCGCAACAGGGGGCAAGCUCGGUGGGUUCAAAGGCAUGGUCGGGCCGCGCGACGGGGCAUCGUCGGCGAAGCUAGUCGAGAAGCGAAUGUUGCUGCGGCGCGAGGGCAUCAAAUUCGGCACGGCGAGCCCCAGCAGCAAGACCGGCGAGGAGAAGGUGCUGGGGACGCCGUUCACGGGGUUCGCGCCGCCGUGAGGCGCAACAGUAGUCAAAGCACCUGCUUCUCUGUAGCCAGUAUGAAGAGGCCCAGAGUGGUGUUUUGGGUUCCAGCGGCUGGCUUGGUUUGGUUUGGUUUGGUUUGGCUAAAAAUGACGAAUAUGAACACGACGACGACAGAUAAUACCACGACACAGAAAGGAGAUACAUGUGGAGUUGGGUUAUACUACAUUUUCUUUGUUCGAAGUCUUGUUAUAUAUAUACAUAUAAAUAUACAUAUAUAUUGAUACGCUG